AUGGGAAAACGUGCCAGCGAUGACACAUGGUUCAUCAAAUGGAUCAACUAUAUUUUCGAGAAAAUCGGCACGGCUAUAAGCUAUGCGCCAUGGACAUGCAUAAUAUUGAGUUCAGUAGCCACAGCUAUAUUAACCUUGAAAAUUCCACUCACAUCAAUGGAGAACAACAUUAGUGACUUUACGCCGUACGAUGCGAGGUCUCGACAGGAACUCAAGAUCUAUCGUGAAUUCUUCUUGAAUCGAGGUGAACCGAAAACGAUUUACGCUUUUGUCAGCGCAAAGGAUGGCUUAAACAUGUUGAAGACGUCGUAUCUGAAUGAAACUGUGCAGGUUCUCGACAAAAUCUCACGGGAUUUCUACUUGCGUUCCUCAAGGGGUACUGAGAAUUUCGAACAAUUUUGUCAAGGAUUUUGCACUCUCAACGAACCGAUCCGACAUUUUUACAGUGGAAUGUUGAUUUCCGACAAAUACACGAACAAAAGUCGACAUUUGGAUCUUGGCUAUCCGAUCACAACUGUGCUGGGAACAAAGCUCUAUAUGGAUCCGAAUCUAUUCGGAGUGAAAAUUGCUGUACGCGAUCGAGACGGCCACGAAACCAUUGUUUCAACCGCAGAUGGAAAGCACAAGGACUACCUCUUGAAUCAACUACCGAACAAUAUCCGUGAAAUAGCUUUAGUCGUGCUCCAAUUUCGUGCUGAAAUCGGUUCCGAAGUGAAUAUCGACGAUAUGAAACAAUAUGAACGCUCUAUCGUGGAUUAUUUUCAAAAAGAAUUCAAAAGCGAUUUGAUCUCAGUGAACGUGCUUACGGAUUCAUUUAUUACAUCAGAAAUUGUUCGAUCUGGUCUAACUCUUCUACCUUUUCUCGUUAUUGGAUUCGUCAUAAUGGCCACUUUCUCUAGUGUAACCUUUUCGAUAAGUGCCACAGCUCUGAAACAGAUGGAUAUCCACAAAAUUACUCUGGCAAUUAUGGCCUGCGUGUGUCCGUUCAUGGCCUGCGGUGCCACUCUUGGUGGGAUGUUUUGGGCUGGAUUUCGAUUCGGCUCCAUUCUCUGUGUCACUCCAUUCCUGGUGCUUGCCAUCGGUGUGGACGAUGCUUACCUUAUGGUGAAUGCUUGGCAAAGGAUCACAUCUCAUCGAAGAAAAAUGCCAAUAGACAAUGUGAACGUCGAAGUACGACGUCGAGUCAUAGAGAUGCUGGUGGAGACAGGACCAUCGGUCUCCAUUACUACUAUAACAAAUGUGUUAGCUUUUGGUAUUGGAGCACUUACGCCUACUCCAGAAAUUCAACUAUUCAGUAUAGGAAAUGCGCUCGCCGUUGUUGUGGACUUUAUUUUCCAGUUGACAAUCUACGCGGCCCUGAUGGUAAUCAUUGGUCGGCGGGAAGUCGAAAAAGAGCUCAUGAACAAACAAUUAGCUUUACAACAAGCAAAACCAGCCGAGAAAAAGAUUGACAUUGAAAAUGAGUCAGCAAAGAAGUCGAGAGUAUUGGAUGUUUACUGUAACUUCAUCUCGAACAAAUUUGUCUCCUCUGCUGUCAUUGCGGCCUUAGCAGUGUAUUGGUACGUUUCAAUCGUUGGGACACUUAACAUUAAGGCUGAACUUAGUCCAAGUAAGCUGUUUCUGGAAGAUUCAGAUUUGGCAAAAAUCUUUACGGCACGUAAAAAAUUCAUCACACCGUACUAUAGCGUAUGUUGGGUGCUUGUGAAAAAGCCUGGUGACAUCUCGAAUAGGACCAAUGCUAGGCGGAUACAUCAAUUGGUGGCAGACUUCGAAAAUUUGCCUAGUUCUGUUGGAUCGUACUCCACCAAAUUCUGGUUGAGAGACUAUGAAGAUUUCUUAAGACAAGCUGAAGAACUCGAUGUUCCAGAAGAAUUCGAAGAGCCAGAUACUGCCAUAGAAUUCUCUCAGAAUGGCAGUGCUAGAGUACCGGCAAAGACUGCAGAUGAAGGUGGGAACGAAUUGAAACAAUUCCUAGAAUGGCCAGAAUUCUCGUUCUGGAAAGGAUUUGUUCAACUCGAUAUGAAUGGAACAGGGAACGAUUACAAAGUGACUCGAUUCUUUUUCACGACUGCUUUCCAUGGCGAGGAGCUGGUCGAAUGGUCGAAUCGAGCGAUUCUUUUGAAUCAAUGGCGAAGCCUUGCUGACAAGGCAUGCAUGUAUCAUCAAUAUUUCAACAAUUCUCUUCACUCAUGUAAUAUUUUACAGUAUUCGGACCUUGGAGUUUCGAUUUACGAAGACGACGCUAAGUUUCUGGAUCUAAUCGAGACCAUGGUGCCUGUGUCAACGCAAUCUGCACUUUUCACAUUUAUUUCCAUGUUUGCUGUUGCUGUUUUGUUCAUCUCUCAUCCUCCCACUUUGUUUGUUGCCACCCUCAGCAUCCUUAGCACUAGUAUAGGAGUUUUCGGGAUCAUGUCACUCAGAGGAGCCGAGUUAGACCCUAUCAUGAUGUCGGCCACAGUGAUGAGCAUUGGGUUCUCGGUGGACAUUCCGUCACACAUUGCCUACCACUACUAUCAAACUGGCAAAGAAUCUAAUUGUGUUCGGGAACGGCUUCAAAAGACCGUUGCUGCUGUAGGAUUUCCAAUUAUGCAGGCAUCGAUUUCGACGACAUUAUGUGUGCUCAGCUUAUUUUUCGUAAAGCUGCACAUGUCACAGAUCUUCGCCGAAUGCAUGCUCCUCGUUGUAUUGAUCGGCAUGAUCCAUGGCCUAUUAAUAAUACCUGUGAUCUUCAAUUUGCUCUCAGUAUUCCCAUCUAAGAAUAAGUCCCGAGUAUCAUCUCGAACCUAG